ACACUCGUACAAUUUGGUUGGCAGCACACAUUUUGGCCAAUUACCAGUGCUAGCUGCUGAAUGCUUAGCAAGUUUAGUUUACAAUACGAGCUCUUGGACUAAUGGUCGUGGGUGAUGCGUACCGGGCCACCUUCAAUGAACGGUUAAUAGCAGAUGGUCAAUUUGAAAACAAAAAACCUCAAAAAAAGUAUAAAACGAGUAAUGGAAAAAAUAAAUUAAAAUAAUUAGUAUAAUUACUAGCAUUACAUGAUUAAAACGGGCAUUGAUUUAAACAAAAUUUACAAAGAAAAGAAGAAAUAAGUGCAAGUGGAAAAUUAGUAGUGAAAAGCAUUGAAAAAAAAAUAAAAAUAAAAACAAAAAAAGAACCAGCAACGAAUUUUAGUGAAGUGCGCUAAGCGUUGACGCGCCCAUUUGGGGGUGUGGUGCGGCGAAGUUAAGUGCAUCGUAGUGCACUCAGUGAGCUAUGCUGGCGUUUGGCGCCCACAAAAUCCGCUUUAAUUGUUGUUGUAACUGUUUUAACUAACAAACAAAACUAACAAAAAUACUAAUGUUUUUCUAAGCGUGUAUGUGUGUCAAUGUAAAGCUGUCUACACGCUCGGCUUAGACGACGACAGCGACGUGCCCGACAAGAUUUAAGCGUUUGCAGUGGCUCAGCAUCUGCGCUUUUUGUCUUCGGUUUGAUUGCAUUCGUCUAUUCUUUGCUUACACACUUUGCUGUUGUUGGCCUUUCCGCAACUGGCUUUCAAGCGCAGGCCAUUAGUGGCGACUGCAAAAAUAGUGGCAGCAGCACAGCAUUUGCAACCGCUGUGGCCGGGUGUGCCGUUUGUGUGUCGCUCCGUCUCUGCAUCUCUGUUUAUAGUGCGCGUCCAACUUACUGUAAAUUGCAAAAAAACAACAAAAAAUAGCAUGCAAUGCAAGAAAAUCAACUAGAAAGAUAACAAAGCUAAACAAAACAAAAAAUUAUUGCUGAAAGUGCAACGUGCAUGUGUGUUUGUGCAUUUGUGGCAACUAGAUUUGUCAGCUGUAUACAGAAUAUUAGGCUAAGUGGCACUAACUUAAUUAAAAAUUUGAAAUUUGAAGAUAUAAUAUCCGUAACACUUAAUAUUGUAAUAACUGUUAUAAUUUACUAAACAGAGCACAACAACAACAAUAACAAAGUCAUUAAAUCCCAAACGUGAACUGAAGGUGUUAAUUUUUUGACAAAAAAAACAAAAAUUUUAAAAACUAAAAGAAAUUAACAAAAAUUAAAAAAAAAAUUAAAAUAAUUAUUAUUUUUGGAAACAUAAACAAAAUAUAUGUAUGUAUGUAUACAUAUGUAUAUUAUAUUAUAACUACAGAAUGAAUUUUAGAACUCUACUAAAAGUGUUAAGUUUUUAACAAACAAAAACAAAAACAAAAAAAACACAUUAUAAAAAAAUGAAAAAAAUUAAAAAAAAUAUAUAACAAAUAUUAAUUUUGGAAAAGUGCAAAAAAGUAAAAAAUAAAAUAAAAUAUGAACACAGCAGAAACAAAUACGAUUUUACGUACGAUAAUAUCAUAUUUCAGCCUUCAACAAAAAUUUGAGUGUCAAUUUCCUCCAAACAGAUCAAAACAACAAAACUCCAAACAAGCGUGAACUUGCUGCAUAAAUAUGUAAAUAAUAUUUAAAGUAAGCCUGAUAACCAAGUUCAACACUAUUUGUAUACUGUGCAUAAAUAAACAAUAAUCCUUGCUUUUGAAACUGCUCCCUGCAACAUCUCAUUCAUUCCCCAAACGCCAAGUGGUUGAUUUCUUCUGCUUGUUCCAAAAACUUCUAGAACCUGCGAAUACAUUUGGCAGCAGAUAAAUACAUAGGUGCACAUAGCUGUUUAAUUCAGUGUGAUUUCAAGGAUUUCAUGUAAGGCGCACACAAAAUUCCGAUUUUAUCAACUCAUACGCGAUAUAAAGACUGUAUAAGUGAAAAGUGCAGUGCAGCAUUUAAAUGAUAAAAAGCCAGCUUUCUCACCAAUGAGGAGACGAUUUCGAAAUCAAUUAAAAACAAGCAGCAAUAUUACAAUAUCAACAUAUGCAAAGAAAAAUAUGAAAAUUUGGAUAAAUUUCAAGCAAAUAUGAAAAUAUAAAAUCUAUGCAACGAGAUUGAAAAUCUAAUAAGUCAACAUGACUUAGAGCAGCAAAGAAUUGAAGCUGAAAGCUCAUCAACUCAUGUCAAUCACGCAGCCAAUAUUUGCGUAGCGCUACUCCACACAUACACCCACAAGCGACGAGUUCCCGCGAACAACCAAUCAACGGCUGACAAAGCAACAAAGUAAAGUUAAAUUAAAGCACGCGCCUAAAUGUAUGCAACGCAACGUGCAACGCAACUUGCUAAAACUAUAACAAUGGCAUGCAGCGUACAGAAGCAACCCACUCAACCGCAACACACAACCGCAUCAGCAACUGUAACGGCAGCCGCCGCGAUACCACCCACAAUGGCUGUGACUGCAAUGGCAACCGCCAACAACAACAGCAAUACGAACAACAUAGGCAGCCAAAUGGGCGGCGGUGGCAGCAACAGCGGCAGCAAUAGCAGCAUGAGUGGUGGUGGUGUUGGCAUUCUAGCCGCAGCUAUCAGUGACGCGACCAGCAAACCGCUAACACCAAAACCGCGGGGCUCAUUACCGAAUGACGCAAGUAAACCGCCACAGGUGGAAUUCCACUGGCCACGCAUACCGGUGAGUACGCACACCAGCAAUCUGCGCCUGAACAUGAUGAAUCAGAAUCCGAUGGACCUGCACACUGCGCGACUCAUGAUCGAGGAGUUGCGUACGAAGGUGCGCUAUCAAGCGGAGCACAUAAUGAAAUUGCGGAAAGCAUAUGGGGUACAGGUGACGCACAUUAUGCAGCAGCACUAUCACUACCAGAUGGAGAAGUCGGAUCAGUUGAACGCGCUGACCUCACAACUUCUCCUGCUGGAGUCGCGUUUAAAACGUAGACAAAAGCAGAUUGGGAGCCUGCUUUGCCAUCGCGAGUUCACUAUACAGCGACAGCAGAAGAUUAUCGAUACACUGUCGAAUCGUCUGUCCGAUCACGGCCUGGAUGCUGUCGAGGCGAACUUCACCACGGAGCUGGAUUCACUGAACGACUCCGACUCGGCUGUGGUGCUGGAAGAUAUCGACUCGGAUAGCAGUAAUAUGCCGCUUCGAGCAAGGCGACGCAGCAGCGGUGGCGGUUCAGGUGCUGGCUUCGGCUCCAAUGCCACACAGUGCGGCAGCGAUGGCAUAACUAUUGUGCGCUCCAUCUCCGAUGCCAUCGAGACGAAUUUGAAGUACAGUGCCGUGCGUCGCAACAAUUGCUAUUUGCGCCGCCCCGAAAUAUUGGAGACCGUCUACUCAGUGGAGGAAGAUCCAGAACCAACAUCUGAUGUGGCAGAGAAACGUGAUAAGUUCCGCACACGCUCGGAGAAGGCGCUGAGUUCGAGCUCCACGGAGGGACAAAUAGAUAGCAACUCUUCACAUGCACCGGCGCACGCUUCAACACAUACCACAUUACAUCAAACCAACGGCACUGAAGUGGAGCGUACCAAAGAGAACAUACGCAUCACACCUCCAUCACCGCAACGGCAACUCAGCAUUUCCAAACCCCUCGAGUCACCGACGAAGGACGGCUACACGGCGUACAGUGUCACGGUGCCGCAGCUGCGCACCACGGCUGCCACACCGACUACUGAGCGGGUCAACGCUUUGGCGGGUGCUGAUGUCGAUGGCAGUUCGCCUGGCGUUAAAUCGCAGGUAACGAACUACAAUCGCGUCAUGUCCAACCAUCGAUCGGUGACCAAACCCAAAGAUGUCAAAUAUAAACGUAUCAAUAAAGCCAAGUCGAAGAGUCUGGAAGAGUUACGUGGUCGUCUCAAAAAUCUGGUGGAACGUGGCGGCAGCACCGGCAACGGACUCGAUGCGCAUGGCGCCGGUGGUGUUGGCGUUGCACCCUACACACACGGUGUUAUGCCGCAGACUGCACAGUCAUACGCGUGACAAUGGCCACCAUUUGGUGGCUCCAACGCUACGCUCGCCGUUAUUGCAGCUACGGCGCCGAUUGCCUCCUUCGAUGCCGACAUGGACGACUAUGCAGUUGAAGAAGAAGAGUGUGAUUGCAUGAAAUUGGUGACGCCUAACGAACAGCAUGCCACACAGUCUGCUGCUAGCGAUCAACUUGACGGUGCGUGUGAUUGCGCGAAAAUGGUGGCGCUACCACAGCCGGAAGUCCCAACGCCUACCAGCGGCACAGUGGCGGAGCCCGCAGAAAGAGACUGCAAACUGAGCACUUCCGAAGAGCAAUUGCGUUCGCAACCAUUUUCGCCACUCAAGCAUUGCAUACCCAAACGUUCGUUGACUUUGCCCCGCAUACUCGUGCCGCAAAGCGCAUUCGGCUCAAGCGGCGGUGGUGCGGCUGGCUCGGGACGCAGUGGCGGCGGGCGUAGCGGUUUCUAGCAGAUAAAGAAAUUUUUCAUACGUAAUUGUGAUAAAAAGUGAACAAGCCGACCUUCGCUCCACUCCUCUCAGCAUUCAGCUAUCGCCUUUCACCUCGACAUUUGCACUGAUUUAUUGCUGUAUUUUGUGUACUCACUUUGUAAUUAGCUUUUCAAUCAUUUGACUUUUGUAACAUAUGUUUCCUGAUUUUUCAACUACACCAACUAGUUUCUAUAGUUUUUAGCGCCCAAUUUACUGUGUUACUCUUAAGUUUGCAUUUAUUUUGCUAAUUGCUAGUUAAGCUGCAAGCGCAUUUAUUCAUCGACAAUUACAUUUAUACAUACAUACUUAUUUUGCUUGAGAUCUAAAGCAUUCCAAUGAUCUUGAAGCAUGUAUUUUUAAUUAGUUUAUGCUAGCAAGUAACUAUAUAUAAUUUUCUAAUAAAUUUAGUAUUUUAAAAAUAUAUAA